AUUAGAAGAAAUUUUGUGUGGAAUGACCAACUUGACUUGAUUAAUUGAGAAUGGGUGCCGCUUUUUCCGUCCAUGAGCGAGCUUCGAGAAUCAACUCAAUAAUCAGAUCAUAGCCACAUACAAACCCGCACCGCCCUUGGAAAUGCGUUCCCUCUCUCCUUUCUUCUGGACAUAUUCUUCAAGAUUGUCAUAACAAGCUUCAAAAACAUGAUUUCAAUCCGACAACUUCGGGCUCCUGCAUGGCGCAUCACCACUUCUGCUAACAGAGCUCUCAGAGUCGAUGGACAUCAUCUUCGAAUUGCAGCUGCGCAGGGGAAUCUCGGAUUUGGACAACGAAUUACUCUACCAACUCUCUCAAUUCGAACAUAUGCCAAUGGACGUCCUCACCCCCCGGGAGGAACUCACCGUAUGGACAUGAGCGGAGGAGAGGAGAAAUCGGCCCUGGAACAAUAUGGCGUGGACCUGACUGCUCGUGCCAAAGCUGGAAAACUCGACCCAGUUAUUGGCAGGGAUUCGGAAAUUCAUCGAACUAUACAAGUGUUGUCUCGACGGACGAAGAACAAUCCUGUGCUUAUUGGCAGUGCUGGAACAGGCAAGACUUCUAUCCUCGAAGGUUUGGCUCAGCGAAUAGUUCGAGGCGAUGUUCCCGAGAGCAUCAAAGAUAAGAGGGUUAUAUCACUUGACCUUGGACAAUUGAUUGCGGGGGCCAAAUUCAGAGGAGAUUUCGAGGAGCGCCUGAAAGCUGUAUUGAAGGAAGUCCAGGAAGCACAUGGCGGCAUCAUACUAUUUGUCGACGAAUUACAUAGUCUUCUUGGAUUGGGAAAAGCCGAGGGUAGCAUCGAUGCUAGCAAUUUGCUAAAGCCAGCACUCUCCCGUGGCGAGCUUCAAUGUUGUGGCGCAACAACUUUGACCGAGUACAGACUGAUUGAAAAGGAUGUCGCUCUUGCAAGAAGAUUUCAACCUAUCCAAGUCAAUGAACCAAAUAUUGCCGAUACAAUUAGUAUACUCCGCGGCAUCAAGGAGAAAUAUGAGGUGCAUCAUGGAGUCAGGAUAACGGACGGAGCGCUUGUCGCCGCCGCUACGUACAGUAAUCGAUAUAUUACUGACCGGUUCCUCCCGGAUAAGGCUAUCGAUUUGAUGGACGAAGCCGCUAGUGCGUUGAGGUUACAGCAAGAGAGCAAGCCUGAGGAUAUUCUUCGUCUUGAUCAGAGGAUCAUGACGCUUCGAAUCGAGCUGGAAAGCUUGCGGAAGGAAACCGAUAUUGCCAGUCAAGAACGGCGGGAGAAACUUCAGUCAACCCUUCAGGAGUGUCAAGACGAAGCUGCAAAAUUGACUGAGAAAUGGGAGAAAGAGAGAGCCGAGAUUGAUGCAAUCAAGAAAACAAAGGAAGACUUAGAAAAGGCUAGGGUGGAGCUCGAUCAGGCAAAACGCGAAAACAACUUUGGCCGUGCAAGUGAAUUGAGAUUCUCUAUUAUUCCUUCUUUGGAAGAGAAACUACCAAAAGACGGCGAAGCUACCGCCAAAACUUCUGAAGGCAGUCUCAUCCACGAAUCGGUCACCGCAGAUGAUAUUGCCGCCGUGGUCUCAAGGGUCACGGGGAUCCCGGUCAACAAGCUUACCUCCGGCCAUGCUGAGCGAUUGAUCAACAUGGAGGACGCCCUUCGACAAUCGGUCCGUGGGCAAGAAGAAGCCCUGAAGGCUGUAUCAAAUGCGAUCAGAAUGCAGCGUGCUGGCCUGAAUGGAGAGAACAGACCUCUGGCUUCCUUCUUCUUUUUAGGACCUACGGGAGUUGGAAAGACUGAACUUUGCAAGAAGGUUGCAAAUUACCUGUUCUCGACUGAGUCCGCUGUUGUGCGGUUCGACAUGUCCGAGUUUCAAGAAAAGCAUACGAUCUCACGACUCAUUGGAAGUCCCGCGGGAUAUGUUGGUUAUGAUGAUGCUGGUCAGUUGACUGAAGCUGUUCGAAGAAAGCCAUAUGCUGUUCUUUUAUUCGAUGAGUUCGAGAAGGCUCACCGUGACAUCUCCGCUCUCCUUCUCCAGGUACUGGAUGAAGGCUUCCUGACGGAUUCUCAGGGACACAAGGUUGACUUCAGGAACGUCUUGAUAGUGUUCACAUCCAAUUUGGGCGCAGACAUCCUCUGUGGCAAUGAUCCCAUGCAUCCAUACCGCGAAGAGCCAAAUGGGGACGUUUCUCCUCAAGUUCGUGACGCCGUCAUGAAUAUCGUGCAACACAACUACGCCCCUGAAUUCAUGAACAGGAUCGACGAAUUCAUCAUCUUCAAGAGAUUAUCAACAGAAGCUUUACGGGACAUCGUUGACAUUCGUCUAAAGGAGCUUCAGACCCGUCUUGAAGAUAGAAGGAUUACCCUGGAAGUCGACGACCACGUCCGAUCAUGGCUGGCCGAGAGAGGUUACGACCCGAAAUUUGGUGCGAGGCCACUAAACAGACUGAUAUCCAGGCAGAUUGGCAAUGGCUUGGCGGAUAAGAUUAUUCGUGGUGAAGUGAAAACUGGCGAUAUGGCAGUGGUAAAGAUUAAUCCAAAGGGCGAUGGAUUGCUGGUUGGCACGGUGGAGUCACUGAGUGCUUGAGUAAAAGCAUUUGUAGCAUUUAAGGCGGCAUUGGGUCGUAUCUCUGCUCUUGGGCUGGAAUACCUUGUAAACAUUUGUACGUAUAGUUACGGCUCUCCGCUUAGACUUUCAAUUAGACUCUUCAUGGAUACAUUGAAUCCUC